AGGAGUAGUUGACUGGAGAGUGCAGUUUAUUGGAAGGGAGAAGCAGGAAGAAAAUGAGGGAGGAAGAAUAUAUUGAGUACACUUGAGAAAGAAGUUCUAAUCUCAUGGCUGUCUAUACUCUAAUUAUUUCUUUUGUUCUCCUCCUCCCUGUUCUUCAGCUUCUCUUGAAAAAGAAAUUCAAAAAUAGGAGAAGGCAGAAGCAACUUCCUCCAGGCCCUCCUGCUCCUCCAAUUAUAGGAAACUUGCACCAGAUUGGUGCAAUACCACACAACUCAUUUUGCCAACUCUCCAAGAAAUAUGGUCCCGUCUUGCUUCUCCAUCUUGGCCGCAUACCUGUUGUCUUAGUUUCAUCAGCUGAGGCUGCAAGAGAUGUCUUAAAAGUCCAUGAUCUUGCCUGCUGUAACAGACCCCAGUUUGUUGGUAGCAGGAAGCUAACAUAUAAUUUUCAAGACAUUGCCUUUUCACCCUAUAGUGAGAACUGGAGACAAAAGAGGAAGAUAACUACACUUGAGCUGUUCAGUACAAAGCGGGUCCAGUCAUUUCGGUUCAUUAGAGAAGAAGAGGUUGCUUCUUUGAUGCACUUGAUCACCCAAUGUGCAGUGUCCACAACUGCAGUGGACCUUGGGGAGAAGAUAUUUGCCCUCACCGGAAGUAUACUGUUCAGAAUGUCCUUUGGAACAAGUUUGCAGGGCAGUACUAUAGAUCUCAAGAAGUUGAUUCACGGAGUUGUAACUGUUUUGGGAGGCUUCACAGCAAAUGAACACUUCCCUUAUGUGGGUUGGAUCCUCGACCCGAUUACCGGUGUUAAUGUAAAAGUCGAAAAAGUUUUCAAGAAAUUAGAUCCUGUAUUAGAACAAGUGGUAAAUGACCAUCUUAAACCUGGGAGGACAGAAAAACAUCAAGACAUUAUUGAUGUUUUAUUGGCAACGCAAAGAGAAGAAACUGAUCAAGAUGGAGAUCUUCAGCAAAUGAAAAAUGGUAUCAAAGCAGUACUUUUGAACAUCUUUUUGGGCGGAAUAGACACGACUGCAAUUACUGUGCUUUGGGCCAUGGCAGAGUUGGUAAGGAAACCGAGGCUAAUGAGGAAAGCACAAAUUGAAAUUAGAAACUAUGUGGGAAAUAAAGGAAGGGUAACUGAAGAUGACCUCGACCAGCUUCAAUACCUAAAGAUAGUUGUAAAGGAAACUCUGAGAUUGCACCCUCCUGUUCCACUACUAGUUCCAAGAGAGACCAUGUCCCCUUGCAAAAUCGGCGGCUACGACAUUAGUCCAAAAACAGUAAUCCAAAUUAAUGCCUGGGCAAUUGCAAGGGAUCCCAAGUACUGGACGAAUCCAGAAGAAUUCUCCCCAGAAAGGUUUGCUGAUAGUUCUGUUGAUUUUAAAGGGCAGAAUUUUGAGUUCUUGCCAUUUGGAUCCGGUAGAAGGGUUUGUCCUGGCAUUCUUUUGGGAAUAAUUACAGCAGAGCUUUUACUCGCAAAUCUACUCUACUGUUUUGAUUGGAAAAUACCAGAUGGGAUGAAGGAGGAAGAUAUCAACAUGGAGGAAGAGGUUGGCGCUAGUCUUACUGUGGGUAAGAAGACACCACUUCUCCUUGUGCCAGUAAAUUAUCUUCAGUAGACAUCAGAAAAAACAUGAUGUGAGAAGCAUUUCUGUAAAUCUGCAAAUUACAAUAAAUAUAGCUUCCACGA